AUGCCGCCCACUGGCUUAGAGCCCUGCAGGAUGAACAGGAAGAAAGGCGACAAAGGAUUCGAGAGCCCAAGACCUUAUAAAUUAACCCAUCAGGUGGUUUGCAUCAACAACAUAAAUUUCCAAAGAAAGUCUGUUGUGGGAUUUGUGGAGCUUACAAUCUUUCCCACAGUUGCAAACUUGAAUAGAAUUAAGUUAAACAGCAAACAGUGCAGAAUAUACAGAGUAAGAGUCAAUGAUUUGGAGGCAGCUUUUAUUUAUAAUGACCCAACACUGGAAGUUUGUCACCAUGAAUCAAAGCAAGCCUUAGCUCUCGGCUUUGUCUGCCUCUACCCGCGCCUCUGCCCGCGCCUGUGCUCAGCGCCCGCGCUCAGAGUAACUCAUUUUUGCUUACCUCAGCUUCUUCCACUUCUCAAACACACCACAUCUUAUCUUCAUGAAGUCUUUGAGUUUUAUGAAGAGAUUCUUACCUGUCGUUAUCCAUAUUCCUGUUUCAAGACUGUGUUCAUAGAUGAAGCCUAUGUUGAAGUAGCUGCUUAUGCUUCCAUGAGUAUUUUUAGCACAAACCUUUUGCAUAGUGCUAUGAUUAUAGAUGAGACACCUUUGACGAGAAGAUGUUUAGCACAGUCAUUAGCUCAGCAGUUUUUUGGAUGUUUCAUAUCUAGAAUGUCAUGGUCUGAUGAGUGGGUACUGAAAGGAAUUUCAGGCUAUAUCUAUGGACUUUGGAUGAAAAAAACCUUUGGUGUUAAUGAAUACCGCCACUGGAUCAAAGAGGAAUUGGACCAAAUAGUGGCAUAUGAACUAAAAACUGGGGGAGUUUUACUACAUCCAAUAUUUGGUGGAGGAAAAGAGAAGGAUAAUCCAGCUUCACAUCUACAUUUUUCAAUAAAGCACCCACAUACUCUUUCUUGGGAAUAUUAUACUAUGUUCCAGUGUAAAGCUCAUCUUGUAAUGAGGUUGAUUGAAAAUAGAAUAAGUAUGGAGUUUAUGCUACAGGUUUUUAACAAACUGCUAAGUCUGGCCAGUACAGCUUCAUCUCAGAAGUUCCAGUCACACAUGUGGAGUCAAAUGUUGGUUUCCACAUCUGGGUUUUUAAAAUCCAUCUCCAAUGUCUCUGGCAAAGACAUCCAGCCUUUAAUAAAGCAAUGGGUAGAUCAAAGUGGGGUGGUAAAAUUUUAUGGAAGUUUUGCAUUCAACCGGAAACGAAAUGUUCUUGAAUUAGAAAUAAAGCAAGAUUAUACCUCUCCAGGAACCCAGAAAUAUGUGGGCCCUCUUAAAGUGACAGUACAAGAACUAGAUGGAUCAUUUAAUCAUACAUUGCAAAUUGAAGAAAACAGCCUUAAACAUGAUAUACCUUGCCAUUCUAAAAGCAGAAGGAAUAAAAAGAAAAAGAUUCCAUUGAUGAAUGGUGAAGAAGUCGACAUGGAUCUUUCUGCAAUGGAUGCUGAUUCUCCUUUGCUGUGGAUAAGAAUAGAUCCAGAUAUGUCAGUGUUGAGGAAGGUUGAGUUUGAGCAGUCUGAUUUCAUGUGGCAGUAUCAGCUUCGUUAUGAAAGAGAUGUAGUUGCACAGGAGGAAUCUAUUUUGGCUCUUGAAAAAUUUCCCACUCCAGCAUCAAGACUUGCACUGACAGAUAUACUAGAGCAAGAACAGUGUUUCUACCGAGUAAGAAUGCUGGCUUGCUUUUGCCUUGCAAAGAUUGCAAAUUCCAUGGUGAGUACAUGGACAGGACCUCCUGCCAUGAAAUCACUCUUCACAAGGAUGUUUUGUUGUAAGACUUGUCCAAAUAUUGUGAAAACAAACAACUUUAUGAGUUUCCAAAGCUACUUUUUACAAAAGACUAUGCCAGUUGCUAUGGCUUUAUUGAGAGAUGUUCAUAAUCUCUGUCCUAAAGAAGUUUUAACAUUUAUCUUAGAUCUAAUCAAAUAUAAUGAUAACAGGAAAAAUAAGUUUUCAGAUAAUUAUUAUCGUGCAGAAAUGAUUGAUGCACUUGCCAACUCAGUAACACCUGCAGUCAGCGUAAAUAAUGAAGUUCGAACAUUAGAUAACUUAAAUCCGGAUGUCCGACUUAUUCUUGAAGAAAUCACUAGGUUCCUAAAUAUGGAAAAGCUUUUGCCCAGUUACAGACACACCAUAACAGUCAGCUGUCUGAGAGCCAUCCGGGUACUCCAGAAGAAUGGACAUGUGCCAAGUGAUCCUGCUCUCUUUAAGUCUUAUGCUGAAUAUGGUCACUUUGUAGACAUUCGGAUAGCGGCUUUGGAAGCAGUUGUUGAUUACACCAAAGUGGAUAGAAGUUAUGAAGAAUUACAGUGGUUGCUUACCAUGAUUCAGAAUGAUCCUGUACCUUAUGUAAGGCACAAGAUUUUAAAUAUGUUGACUAGGAACCCACCAUUCACCAAGAACAUGGAUUCUCCCUUAUGCAAUGAAGCACUGGUUGACCAACUUUGGAAACUUAUGAAUUCAGGUACUUCACAUGAUUGGAGACUAAGAUGUGGUGCCGUAGAUCUGUACUUCACGCUCUUUGGCCUCAGCAGACCUUCUUGUUUACCAUUACCAGAGCUUGGAUUGGUUCUUAAUUUGAAAGAGAAAAAGGCUGUGCUAAAUCCUACCAUCAUCCCUGAGGCAGUAGCUGGCAGUCAAGAGCCAGUGAGCAGUCUAAACAGUCAUACGCAGUUGAUUGGAUUUCAGAAUGCUUUCUCAAAUUCUCAAGAGGAGGAAGAGGUUGACAUGGACACUGUUCAUGAUAGUCAAGCUUUUAUUUAUCAUCAUUUGAACAUGCUGGAAAGGCCAUCAACUCCAGGUCUUUCAAAAUUGAGGCCAGCUAGCUCAAGGUCUGUUCUGAUGCCUCAGCAUUCACCAGGCUGUGAUGUCACAGCUUCUGCAAAACCUCAGUGGGGAAUGGAUUUGUCUCGCAAAGGAAUAGGUAAAGAACAGUCUUCUUUGGAGAUGAAUGUCCUGUCAGUACCAGCUGCACCACUCUCAGCAUUCACUAAAGAGCCAAGCUCAUCCAAGCAUAGUGACCACCAUCACCACCAUCACCAUGAACACAAGAAAAAGAAGAAAAAGCAUAAACAUAAGCAUAAACACAAGCAUAAGCAUGAUAGCAAAGAAAAAGAAAAGGAAACUUUCACUUUUUCUAAUAGUCCAGCUAGUGGCCGGUCAGUUCGUUCACCAUCUCUGUCCGAUUGAAGGCUGCAACAAAGAGGACUUGUCUGGAGCUUGUAGAAAAUUGUUCUCUGAAGAAUAGUCCCAAAAGGAGUGGCACCUCACCUGAAAAUUCAGAAUCAAAUUCUAAUCAUUUGAUUUGCAUUACUUUUAGUUAUGUAAUUGAAAUCUUAUUAGGAAAAAGUAUUUUCUGGUUCUAAGAAAAGCAUUUCAUUCCCUUUCCAACCCUUCAAAAAUAUUUAGAAAACUUCUCUCUUCAUAAGGGCCCCCAUGUGCAUAGGCUGCCCCACUACAUAUCAUGCUUUUCAUGUGUACUGUCAGAAUUAAUUAUGUUUUAUAGCUUUUGAUGGAUGUUGUGAAGCAAAGUUAUG